UGUGAUCAAAAUUCUCAUGCCAAUAAGUACUAGAGAUCGACCAUUAGCACUCUAAUGGCUCCAACAAAUGUCACAUGCUUCAGAGAAGAAAAUGAAUCCGAGAAAGGGGAGGAAAUAACAAUAGAAGAAGACAAGCUAAGUCAAGAAUGUAAGGAGUUGAUACUCUCUCUUCCUAGGGAGAGAGGUUGGAGAACACGUUAUAUAUAUCUAUUUCAAGGAUUUUGGUGCCAGCCAUUGGAAAUCCAAGCAAUAAUCACUUUUCAGAAGCACUUCCAAGCUAAAGACAGUGAUGUUAUUGUGGCCACAAUUCCAAAAUCAGGUACCACUUGGCUGAAAGCUCUCACCUUUGCCAUUGUCAAUCGCCAUACUCAUAGUAUCACUACAUCAAUGUCAUCACAUCCUUUGCUUACUUCUAAUCCUCAUGAACUUGUGCCUUUCAUAGAAUACACCGUUUAUGGUAAUGCCCCUAGCCAUGUUCCAAACCUAUCCAACAUGACUGAGCCAAGACUUUUUGGUACACAUAUUCCAUUCCAUGCAUUGGCCAAGUCAAUCAAGGAGUCCAAUAGUAGAAUAAUUUAUAUAUGUAGGAACCCACUUGACACUUUUGUGUCUACUUGGAUUUUCCUCAACAAAAUUAAGCCAGAACAUUUACCUGAAUUUGAACUAGGGGAAGCUUUUGAAAAGUAUUGCAAAGGAAUAAUAGGGUUUGGUCCAACUUGGGACCAAAUGUUGGGUUAUUGGAAGGAGAGUAUAGCUAGGCCUAGUAAGGUUUUGUUCUUGAAGUACGAGGAUCUUAAAAAAGAUGUCAAUUUUCAUGUGAAAAGAAUAGCGGAGUUCUUAGGAUGGCCUUUCACUUCGGAGGAAGAAGGUGAUGGGACUAUUGAGAGCAUAAUCAAGCUAUGCAGCUUCGAGAAGAUGAAGGAAUUGGAGGCAAAUAAAUCUGGAACAUUUGCUAGGAACUUUGAGAGAAAGUACUUGUUCCGAAAGGCUGAAAUGGGAGAUUGGGUGAACUACCUUUCCCCUGAAAUGGGUGAAAAGUUAUCGCAAAUUAUGGAAGAAAAGUUAAGUGGGUCAGGCUUGUCAUUUUAAGUGUCUCCUUAUUUUUGUUGAUCGAUCACUAGCUAGUGAUCAUCAUCUACAUCAAGUGUCUAAAUAAGAAUCGUGCAUAUAUGCAGGUCAUGAUGUGGCCUACAAGUGCAUGUUCGUUGUGAUUUUCCCUUUUCCCUUUUCCCGUUUGGAUGAUUUUUCCUACUAGUGCAUUGAAGGUCUCAGUAAAGUUAUUUCUAUCAUGCGUGUUUUGUGUUUAAUUAAUUAAGUGACUCAUUUGCUUGUUUUGUGGUAUUAUAUUAUAUUAUGACAGAUAAACUUUGGUUCUUGUAUUUUGGAUA